AUGGCCCCCAAAGCUCCUACCAAGGGUCCCAAGACCCCCGCCAGCAAGAAGGCUGCCGAUGCGAAGAAGGCCGCCCUCAAGGGUACUCACUCCAAGAUUGCCCGCAAGGUCCGUCUCUCGACUACCUUCCACCGCCCAAAGACCCUCUCUUUGGCCCGCAACCCAAAGUACCCCCGCAAGAGCGUUCCCCACGUUCCCCGGCUCGACCAGUACAAGGUCAUUGUCCACCCCUUGAACACCGAGUCCGCCAUGAAGAAGAUUGAGGAGAACAACACCCUUGUCUUCAUUGUCGACAUCAAGGCAAACAAGAGGCAGAUCAAGGACGCGAUCAAGAAGCUCUACGACGUUGACUGUGUCAAGGUCAACACCUUGAUCAGACCCGACGGAACCAAGAAGGCCUUCGCCAGGCUGACCCCCGACGUCGACGCUCUCGAUAUCGCUGCCACCAAGCUCGCCAUCGUAUAA